GGGGGGUUUGAUCUCUACCCGCAGUGUGCGGGGGGUUGUCCUUUAUUCCUCGAGCAGCAUCCGCAGCAGUGCAAGGAUGCUGAGGGACCACAGCUGAUGGAGGCUUCUUGUCCCGCCCGAUCGCUCUGACUGCGGCUUCCAGCUUUCAUUCACUGUGGGAGGGAGAGCUCGGGUUGUGGGAGAGGCUACUGGGAAGCUGCCAGUCACAUUCCGCGUGUCGGAGAAUUUUGACGCUUUGGAGCCCCCGUCGAAAUGGGAGACAACAUGUCAAAGCGUCUGAAGCUCAUUUCGGUGACAGAAGCUGAGAUGGAGGAACGCUCGUUUCCCAACCCUUACCCUGACUGGGAUCAAGGAGUUCUCACAUCUAACUCUGGAGCUGAAGUGGAUUAUAAUUCACCUUUUGACGAAGAAGGAAAGGUGAGCUCAGCCUUCCAAAGAAAGGUCCAGAGCAAGAUAAAAGAUCUUCUUCAGCAGAUGGAAGAGGGCCUAAAAACUGCCGACCCCCAUGACUUCUCGACCUACACUGGCUGGACAGGGAUUGCUUUACUCUACGUACAGCUGUAUCGUAGCUCCAAUGAUGUUGCACAUCUCCAAAGAGCAUUAGACUAUGUUAAGAGAUCAAUGAGGAUUCUGAAUGGCCGCAAAGUGACUUUCCUUUGUGGAGACGCCGGGCCACUGGCGGUGGGUGCGGUGGUACACCACAAGCUGGGCAACACUGCUGAUAGCAAUGACUGUCUUUCUCGGCUUCUCCAGUUACAGCGAUCGGUGCUCAGUCAAGAUUCAGAAAUGCCGGAUGAGCUGCUGUAUGGCCGAUCUGGUUACCUGUAUGCUCUACUGUAUGUGAACAAAGAAAUAGGAGCGGACACUGUGGAUAAAGCUACAAUUUCAAAAGUAGUGACCGCUAUUAUUGAGUCUGGCAAGAAUCUGUCAGCAGAUCUUAAGAAGACGGAUCGCUGUCCACUGCUCUAUGAAUGGCACAAGAAGCAGUACGUUGGCGCCGCCCAUGGCUUGGCUGGAAUCUUUUACAUGCUCAUGCAGCCAGGGGCGAGGGUCCACCCUGGCAUGCUGUCUGAGUUGGUUCGACCCAGUAUCGACUAUAUUCGCCAUAAGAAAUUCCGUUCCGGGAACUUUCCGUCGUCACUGAGCAACGAGAGCGACCGACUAGUUCACUGGUGCCACGGAGCGCCAGGUGUCAUUCACGUGCUCAUAAUGGCUUAUAAGGUGUUUAAAGAGGAAAAGUACCUAAAGGAAGCGGUAGAAUGUGGCGAGGUGAUCUGGCAAAGGGGUCUUCUCAGAAAAGGCUAUGGAAUUUGCCACGGGACCGCCGGAAAUGGCUACGCCUUUCUGUCCCUGUAUAAGCUCACCCAGGAGAAGAAGUACAUGUACCGUGCCUGCAAGUUUGCCGAAUGGUGUUUGGAUUACGGGACUCACGGCUGCCGCAUACCCGAUAGACCCUACUCACUUUUUGAAGGUAUGGCGGGAACCAUCCACUACCUGUCAGAGAUGGCGGCACCUGAAACGUCCUGUUUCCCUGCCUUUGAACAUUGAUCUGCUGGAGCCAAGACGAGCUUUGAACAGAAAUCAUCUUACUUGUUUCAUGGAAUUUAAGGAGAGUUUUUUUUUUUUUUAACCAAACAUGAAUGUUCAAAUGGCUUUCUAUUGACACCAUUGUCACACAUCCUUUAAAGAAACAGGGCCAAGAAAGUCAAUCCAUUGACCGUGUGUAGUGAACGUAUUGUAUUUGUAUUCACGUGCAUGCUCAACUUGAUUCUCCAUGUCCUGUCAACGAUGUGGUUAUUUUGUUUCAUCCUGUAUUUUCAAUUAUUUAUUUAUUUUCUGGUAACAGUCUUUUGUCUUUUUUUAAAGAAGCAAAACACAUUAAAGCAUGUUGGAUGAUAAUUCAGAAAUUAAACUAUUUGGUGCAAUAUCCUUGUAUUAGCAGAACUAGGUAACUGGUAUAUUCAUGAGUUAUUUACAGUGGUAUGAAAAACUAUCUGAACCUUUAAAAAAUGUCCACAUUUCUGCAUGAAAUCACCAUCAAAUGUGAUCUGAUCUUUUUCAAAAUCACACAGAUGAAAAUACUGUGUCUGCUUUAACUAAAACCACCCAAACAUUUAUAGGUGUUCAUAUUUUCACGAGGGUAGCAUGCAAACAAUGACAGAAGGGGGGAAUAUAAGUAAGUGAAUCAUCACACUAGCCACGUUUACAUGCUGACUUUUAUUCAUACCGAUUCAAAUCAUUCCGAAUGGAAAUUUCACAUCAGCUGUUUACAUGUCACUUCAUUUAUUCCGAUCCAGCGUUUACAUGUGACUGCCUUUAUUCCGAAAGGACGUUUGACAACUGCAGUCUGACAUGCGCAGAUUAAUCAAAACAAAGCGUCACGUUGCAAAACAUGGAGAUCGAUCGUCAGAUCAGCUGCUGUUUUAACUUUUCGAGUGGAAACAAAACUUCAGAAUGAUACGCCAUUCAUUUAAAAAGUUGUGUGGGUGCGCUGUGCGUGUGCUUGGAAGCCAUGUUGCAAGUGACGUUACUUACGUCACCGAGUGACGUCACCACGUCAGUACGGAGCAUGCGCAGAAAGAACGCAACCAAACACCAUUCCGCUUCCCUGUUUACAUGAUAUAAUUUUACUUCUAAUCGGUUUGGGAAAAGGAAUAUUCCACCCCUGUGAAUCGGAAUGAAAUUCCAUUCGGUUUGGACCUGUUCAUUCCGAAUGAGGUGUUUAUAUGGAACACAUUUAUUCGGUUUGAACAAAUAUUCCGAUUGUAAUUGGAAUAUUUGGCUCCAUGUAAACGUGACAAUUGAAUAGUUUGUGCCCCCUUCAACCAGAUGCUUCCUGUAUCUGCAGAUCAGUCUGGCACAUCAAUCAAGACUAAUGUUGGCCCAUUCUUCUCUACAAAAUUGCUGUAGUUUCCUGGGAUGAAUCGCUGUCGCGGUCAUGCCACAGCAUCUCAAUGGGGUUAAAGUCUGGACUUUUGACUUGGCCACUCCAGAACGUGUAUUUUGUUCUUCUGAAACCAUUCUGAAGUUGAUUUACUUCCGUGCUUUGGAUCAUUGUCUUGUUGCAGCAUCCAUCCUCUUUUUCGCUUCAACAGUCUGACAACAUGUCAUGUCUUCCUGCAAAACAUCCUGAUAAACUUUUGUAUUCAUUCUUCCAUUAAUGAUUGCAUGUUGUCCAGGCCCUGAGGCAGAAAAACAGUCCCAAAUCAUGAUGCUCCCUCCACCAUGCUUCACGGUGGGGAUGAGGUGUUGAUGUUAGUGAGCUGUUCCAUUUUUCCCCCACACAUGAUGUGUGUUACUCCCAAAAAAUUCAACUUCGUUUUCAUCAGUCCACAAAAUAUUUUGCCAAAACUUAUGUGGCGUGCCCAAGUGCCUUUUUAGGAACAUUAAAUGAGCAACAAUGUUUUUUUUUUUAGGUAGCAGUGGCUUCCUCCGUAGAGUCUUCCCAUGAACACCAUUCUUGGCCAUCGUUUUACAUAUAUUUGAUGUGUGCACAGAGAUAUUGAACUGUGUCAGUGAUUUCUGUGUCUUUGGCAUACACUCUAGGGUUCUUUUUUACCUCUCUGAGUAUUCUGCGCUGAACUCUUGGCGUCAUCUUUGGUGGACGACCACUCCUUGGGAGAGAUGCAACAGUACCGAACUCUCUUCAUUUGUAGACAACUUCUCUGACUGAUAGUUUUGUAUCCUUUCCCAGCUUUAUACAAAUCAAAAAUCCUUGAUCGCAGUUCUUUAGACCGAGCCAUGAUGCACAUCAGACAAUGCUUCUCAUCAAGACCUUUCUUACCAAGUGUGUGUUUUAUCGUGGGCAGGGCAGCUGUAAACCACUCAUCAGUGAUUGGGCACACAUCUGACUUUAAAUGUUUGGGAAAAAUUGGUUUCAGUUGCUCUUAAGUAAGUGAACCUCUGCCUAGGAGACUUAUUUUCCCCCCUUCUGUCAUUGUUUGCAUGCUAUCCUGGUUAAAUAAUGAAAACCUAUAAAUGUUUGGGUGGUUUUAGUUAAAGCAGACACUGUAUUUUCAUCUGUGUGAUUUUGACAAAGAUCAGAUCACAUUUGAUGGUGAUUUUAUGCAGAAAUGUGAGAAAGUCCAAAAGGUUCAGAUACUUUUUCAUACCACUGUAUAUGAAGGAGUUCUGUUUAUCUAAAGCAACAUUUUAGACAACGUACCACUAAGCUUUCUAAAAAUCACCAAGAUAAUUCAAUGUAAAUGUAUUUUACAUUAAAUUGAAUAAAAACUAAAUAAACUUUUCAAAACUAUUAAAUGCAGCUGUAUUCUACGAGUUUUUAUAAAUUAACUACGAUACAGUACAGAAUAAAAUGUCAGCACAAAAUUAUGCAGUUUGAACAUGCCCUAUUUACUGAUGAAUGACCGAAAGUGACACUGCCCAAUAAUUACGCUCAUUUAGAUCAAAAGUACACACUAUACAUACUGCUGCUAACACUAAAGUCAUUGAGGCCGACAGCAUAUGAAUGCACAUGAAUGCUUAUUUUUCAUAAUUAGAUGUUGUCCUGAAAGUCCUUUUUUUCCUGAAAUGUUGUUCUGUCCUAUUUGACAAAUGAGUGUAACGAUCCCAUCAUCUUGUAUAAAUUGUGAUGAAAAACAUGUACCACUUGUUAUGCAGUAUAUUUUACAAAGAAACACCAAUGUGACUCAAGCGUAUUUAUUGUGGAUUGAAAAAUGAGAUGUCAACGAGCAUUUUUACAGUUUGAAAAUUGAAAAUGAGGGAUUAAUUACUGCCCUGUGGAACACCUAUAGUUGAAGUGGUUUUUAUGUUUGGACAUUUUUUUUUUUUUUUUUUUUAAUUCUCAAAUUAGCAUGUUUUAACCAGUCAUUUUAUUAUCAAUUUGUUUGGCAACCAACUAUAUUCGUUGACUUAAAAGGAACUGACAUUAUAACAUUUACUUUUUAAGGACGAAUGAUUUUGUAUUGAGUGGCAGAGGUUGGUCUUUCAAUGAGGGGAAGCUCAAAGUGUCGCCUGUGAUUGCUUUAAAACAGUGGAGGGGCUCAGCGGCACACGCUGCUCAGUAGGGAAAGAAACUAGAGUGCCAGAAGUCAAGUCACCAAAAACGAGCUACAAUAGAAAUACCAGAAAUAAGAUAGAUUUUUCUCUCGUCUUUUUUAACAGAGCAAGUGUGGCUAGGAUGAUUAUGAAAAUCUCCGGUUCAACUCAGAACAAUGGAAUGAAAAUUGAAAAAGGCCUUCCAUCCAUCCAUUAUCUACCGCUUAAUGCGGGGUCGGGUCGCGGGGGCAGCAAAUUUAGCAGGGAAGCCCAGACUUCCCGCUCCUCAGCCACUUCAACCAGCUCCUCCAGUGGGAUCCCAAGCCAGCCAAGAGACAUAGUCUCUCCAUCGUGUCCUGGAUUGUCCCCAGGGCCUUCUGCCAGCGGGACAUGGCAGAGUAGCGGCUUGACCUUGACUCCCUCCCGGAUGACUGAGCUUCUCACCCUAUCUCUAAGGGAAAGACUGGACAACCUGCGGUAAAACUCAUUUCGGCGGUUUGUAUCCGGGAUCUUGUUCUUACGGUCACGACCCACAGCUUGUCACCAUUGUUGAGGGUAGGAACGUAGAUCGACUGGUAAAUCGAGAGCUUCACCUUUUGGCUCAGCUCCUUCUUCAUCACAGCGGACCGAUACAGAGUCUGCAUCACUGCAGACACUGCACCGAUCCUAAGAAUCCAUCAAGUGUGAAACAACUGAGUCGCUACAUUUUAUGCUUUCGGUUACGUGGGUGGCAAUAAUAAGACGUUCAGUGCAUGAGACAGGCUAGCUACUCAGAUUUCAGCAAGAAACUAGCUGUUAGGUUUUGUGUUGGUUUUCUCCUAGUGUGACUUGUCUCUGUGAUUGCCCAUUGAUUUCACCUGUUGUGCCUUCUCCUAGUGUAUCCUGCAAUCUGCAUCCUGUGUUACCCAGCUGUUCCUCGUUGUCUCGUUACCCCUUGUCUGCGUGUGUGUAUAUAAGCACCCAGUUUCUUGUCACUCCUUGCUGCGUCACUGUCAACUUCAAAGUCUAUGUCAAUGUCUUUGUUCAUGCCAGCGUCAACUUUGCCUCUUCCUACGUCACAGCCCUCAAGUUUUUGAGUCCAGUCUUUUGCCAAUACCCUGGGUUUUGUUUGUAACUGUGUUUUUGGGAUUACCUCAGUUUUGGUUUGUACUUUGUUUUUCUGUUGGCUUUAAUUAAAUUACUUUUGCACCACCUUUUUGCCUCGCUUCCCUUUCCCUGCACUUGGGUCCACACACCACCUGCCUGCCCAGCAUUCCUGACACUAGCCUUUAUAUGGAGUAUUAAUACAUGUCAUACGACUUAUUAAGUGUUACAAGGUAUUUUCUCCAGUGCUGGCCCAUAACAAGAGAAAUAAAGUUUUUCUUAUAAUUUGUUGUUUUCACUUCUGUGAUAACAACAAAUUAUAAACAUUAUAUUACGUUAUAUUCUAACGCCGUUAUUAACAACACUGACGAGGAUAGAACAAUGUUGAAUAAAUAUUUUUGGAAAGUUAUUUUGAGAUAUAGAGGGUAUUUAGGGGUACUUAAAGGGUUGAUUCCG